ACACACUACUCCAUUACUAGUUUACGUACGAACUACCAAACAAUUACAGUCUUGAAACUAGUAAAAGCUAUAUAUUCAUAUCGUGGGAAAUAUAUAAUAGUCAUAAUUUUUGGUCAUCAGUUUGGUUAAUAUUGAACAAAAUGGAAGUAGGAUAUUGUGAAGGUGGUGUGAAGAUGAUGAGAUCAAAGGCAGAGAUAGACACAAGUGCACCUUUUCGUUCAGUGAAGGAAGCUGUCACGUUGUUUGGCGAAAGAGUUCUUGCUGGAGAACUCUAUUCUCCUAAUAAACUCAGACAGAUGCAAGAUGGAGAGAGUGAAAGUGACAACGUCCAUUCUAAGCUAGGAAUGGUAACUGCUGAACUAGAAGAGACAAAGCAAAGGCUGCAAAAAGCACGAGAAGAAAGCUUGUUCAUGGCUACUUGUCUUUCUUCUUUAGAAGAAGAACUUGAACGCACAAGGAAAGAACUCGAAAACCUAAAGGAAAUAGGGCAAAAAUCUGAGAAAAUACAUUCAGAGAUAGAAGAUCUCAAGUUUGUUGAGGACAUGACAACAAAACUAGAGAUUAAUAAGGCAUCCGAAAACGUUGAGUUUCAAAAGAAAAGAUAUGUGACUUUUGAAAAUCCUUCUAUUUUAAGCCAUGUUGUUAAUAUUCCAAAAUUAGGUGAUGAUCAUGUUAUAUUGCAGAGGCAUCCCUCCCUCAAGAAGAAGAAAAAGAAAUCCCUUAUCCCAUAUAUAGGGGGGAUUUUUUCAAGAAAGAAAGGUGGCUCUGAAGUUCAAUUUGUUGAAAAUUAGCAAACAAAUUAAAUAUGCAAGCUUAGUCUUGAUGAGGAAUUAAUGCAUGACAUGUCAGCUAUCCAAUCAUUUCUUAUAGUUUUGCUCAGUAGUGAAAUGAGUUGAGCUAGUGAAGGCAAAGAUGUUUCUUGGCAGAAAUCUCUCAAUUUAAUAAGGCUACACUGUAACUUGAGGGAUAGUUGUACUUACUAUGAAAAUCCUUAAUGUAGUUCCUUAAUUUUGCUUCUAUAUUGUAACGUAAAAAUUAGUUUACCAGCUUCAAGAAGUUAUUAUUUUUCUUU